AUGGCGGGAGGACGCGUGAACUUGGCCGUGGCGCUCUUGUUGGCGCUGCAUGGGCUGCUGCCGCCGUCCGCCCACGCCGCCCUGCAGGACGGGUUCUACGGUGCCAGCACCAACUGCACCGUCGACGUCGAGGCCGUCGUGCGGGGCGUCGUCGAGCGGCACGUCUCCCGGCUCGGCGACGGCGGCUCCGGCGCCGGGCUCAUUCGCCUCCACUUCCACGAUUGCUUUGUCAAGGGCUGCGAUGGUUCCGUCCUCAUUGAUCCGAGCCCCGUCAACCCGGACCCCGAGAAGGCCUCGCCGGCGAACGGCGGCCUCCGCGGGAUCGACGUGGUGGAGGAGGCGAAGAGGCAGCUCGAGGCCUUGUGCCCCGGCACCGUGUCGUGCGCCGACAUCCUCGCCUUCGCCGCCCGGGACGCGGCCAACGUCCUCAGCUCCGGGGCGAUCAGCUACGACGUCCCCUCGGGCCGCCGCGACGGGCUCACCUCUGACGCGGCCGACGCCAGCCAGAGCCUGCCGCCGCCGUUCGCGCAGCUCGGCGACCUCGUCCGCGCCUUCGCCUCCAAGGGCUUCGGCAUUGACGAGCUCGUCGCUCUCUCCGGCGCGCACUCCAUCGGCCGCGCGCACUGCUCGUCGUUCGGGGACCGGAUCCACCCCGCCGUGCACGAGACCAUGGACCCGAGCUACGGCGCCGACAUGCGGUCGCGGUGCCCCGAGGACGCCGGGGCGGGGGAAUGGGUCGCGCAGGACCAGGCGACGCCGGGGGACCUCGACGGCCGGUACUUCGAGAACGUGCUCGCCGGGAGGGUGCCCUUCAGCUCGGACCGGGCGCUGAUCGACGACGGCGAGACGAGGCGGAUGGUGGAGGACAACUCGGGGGACCAAGGGGAGUGGGCGGCCAGGUUCGCUGCCGCCAUGCGGAAGAUGAGCGAGCUCGCCGGCACCGGCGAGGGCGAGAUCAGGGAGUUCUGCCACGUGACAAACAGAGGCUAG